AUGGAGUCACCUAAAAUAGUGUACAAAUAUUAUUCGAACCCAGCAUUUUGCGCGCAAAGUGAAGUGGUAUUCCAGAAAUCAUGUAUGACAAGAAUUCGGAGUCCCGAAAGGCAAAGAAUGCCUCCUUUAGGAGCGAAUUCGCCUAGGAAGAUGGAGUCGAACAGGAUUCUGAGGACAGACAUCUCUGAUAAUCCGUUAAGAAUAUCCCCUGCUGGAAGAAUGCGGGAUGACCCCCCAGAGCUGCCUCCGAAACCUCCAAAGUUCCAGAAUAGGAGCUUCCAUAGGCAAGCCUCGUUGGUGUGCAAACCAACUCGUUCUGCCAUCAGAUGUAGAACCAGAAGCGAGGAUUUGGAAAUGGCCCAACUGAAGCAACAAAGAAGUUCAAGAUAUGACAGAAAUGCUGAGAGUGAUAAUGGUUUAGAAGACAGCAGACUUAAACAUCGAUACGAAGUCAUAGACGAUGAUUUUGACGACUUAGUCGACUACUCUCCGACUAAAAAGAGAAUCGUCGAAGCUGAUGUAGCAGAUAUCGAAGAAUACAACGUGGAUGGACCAGAUGACAACGAAAUGAAGGAAAUACCAACGGAAAUUGUGAAAACAGUCAAUGGAAAGACGCUUAGAUACGCAAUAGUCCCAUCUGAAGAUGAUGAACCGGUGAGGAGGCCGAGUGUGACGUUCACAUCACCCAUGAUGAGUAAAAAGAACUUAAUAGCCACUCAGAAGCUUCACGAGCUGUUAUCCACGCCAAGGAAGCUAAAAAGCUACGCAAGCCAACCUUCUGUGAGGAUAACUCCUAACAAAUCGAUGGACAGUCCAAACAGAGCUGGGACUCCAAAGAAAAUCGUCUCCAGUACCCCUACUCAAGGAGUUACACCUUCCAAAUCCUGCGCCAACUUGACUAUAUCCAGGGGUAGUGCGACUACCUCUCCAAUAUCUCCCAAAGCACAGCAAAAACUGAAUUACGGUUUGCCAGAGUUUGAAAGACAGGAUGUUUUCGUGACGAGCUUUAGGGAGAAGAGUCGGGAUAGGAGUUUGGAGAUGGAUAGGAGAGACGCCAGCCGGGAGAGCAGGAGAGAUUACGACAGGAGAGGGAGGGAUUUGAAAGAUAAGAAGACGACUGCUGUUAUUACUCCAAGAGUCGCCUCCCCACCCUCAGUUUACUCUGAGGAGACUUACAAAUCGUUCACGAGCUUGAAGCCCACGUCUGCGGCGCCGCUCACCAUCGCUGCUCUCAUGCUGACCCUGUGUGGAGCCCUGACCACUGGCUUGAGCUUCAACAUGAUGUAUACGAUGGGCCGCGUUUACUACCUUGACUUCGGAGUGCUGUCAGGCUUUACCUGCUUCCUGCUGGGACUGCUCGGCUUCAGGUCUAGGAGGCAGCAUCUGCUGCCCAACAGGAACUAUGUUUCUGGCUACAUCGUCCUCUCAUCGUUCUCCCUGCUCAGUGCUUUCGGUCUGCUGCUCCUCAUCACGGUCCAGCCGAGUCCAGGAACUGCCCUCAAUGACAUCACCUCAGGAGCGGUUUGCGCAGUCAGCAUACUGUGCCUUGGCCUGGCGUCUAUAGGAGUAGUAGCCUCGUACUGCUGUGCUAGGGACCCGCCGGAUAAUAGGGUGGGGACCACUAGAUGGUAUUAGGAGAUAACGGGACUACCCACUUCUCGUUAAAAUUCCCACUGUUGCAACUCCUGUGUAGCCAGGAUCUACAGCUUGAGCGCCAAUAACCCAACCAGUGAAGGUCAAGUUUGUCUCUGGGAAAAGUUAAACUGUCAUUGGACCCGCAACGAAAUUCAGAAGAACAUAGGAGUUCGAAGUUGUUUGUUUUGUAUUAGGGGUUAGAAGAAGGAAGGUUCCACAAUAAAACAUUUUAACUUAGUCUGUCGCCAUAACAACAAUGUUAACAGCAUUGUUGUGUUCCGGCAGUGGAGGUAAUAAGUCCUCUGUGAGGAUUCCGGGUGAAGCUCGCAUCCACGAUCUGGUGAAGGUCGUAGGAAGCGCCUGGAUGGAUGCGGGCAGCGCUGCGGUCGUUGUGGACAUUCGUGAGGGAAGCCUUUGUCCAGCAGUGAAAGAAAGAAAGAAAGAAAAAGUGGACGGUUCGGUUGACACU